UUUUUUUUUUUUUUUUUUUUUUUAACUGAGGGCAGCUGACCCUCUGACCAAACACACUGAGAUACCGUGCCGACUUUCUGCGUGUCGUUCCAAUUUUUAGUAUAUGUACUACCGAAGCAAGUACCAUCACUCAGCUAUGGAGACGCACACUGGGCGUGGUUAGCUGAUGUUAGUCAAGACUGCCUUUAAGGCGACAAAGACGCCAUUGUCAAAACCACACUGAGUAGGACGAGGUCGUGUAAUGUGGCUACAAGAAGCUGGAUGUUGGCAAGAAUGUAGCCACUGUAGGUGAUUGCUGGCAGCGGUGAUCACUGGAAUGCACUUUUGCAAAAAGACCGGGCUCCAGACAGCCACAUGGCACUACUAAGAGGGAAGACGAUCGUAUUCGGUGUAUAGCAGCUGCAGCACCAGUUUGUGCAGCAGUAGGACCAUAGUGUGACAACGAAUUGAUGUAAAUGGGUUACUUCUAGGACAGUUAUGAGUCAGACGCUCUGUACAGUCCAUUCCAUUGACCCCAAACCACCGCCAUUUGGGACUAAAGUAGUGUCUAGUGAGAGCUAAUGAAAGGGCAGGGAGGAGGUGUGCCGGCCCGAGUGGCCGAGCAGUUCUAGGCGUUACAGUCUGGAACCGCGCGACCGCUACGGUCGCAGAAGUUAAGUGUUGUGUUUCCUAAUGGAAGAUGCUUCUGCCACGGUGCCAGUGGUGGCCGUGUGUUGGCUAGAAGAAGGCCAGUUGACGCCCUGCAACUAAUCUUUCUGUGUUCAAAUGGCUCUAAGCACUAUGGGACUUAACAUCUAAGGUCAUCAAUCACCUAGACUUAGAUCUACUUAAACCUAACUAACCUAAGGAUAUCACACACAUCCAUGCCCGAGGCAGGAUUCGAACCUGCGCCGUAGCGGUCGCGCAGUUACAGACUGAAACUAGAUCUGUCUCCAAUAGAUCAGAUAUGGGACAGCAUUGGACGACAACUCCAGCGACAUCGGCAACCAGUAUUAGCAGCCCCUGUAUUGACCGACCAAGUGCAACGGGCAUGAAACUCCGUCCUAAAAACUGACAUCCGGCACCUGUACAGUACAAUGCACGCUCGCUUGUUUGCUUACAUUCAACAUUCUAUCGGUUACGCCGGGUAUUCAUGUACCAGUAUUUGACAUUUGCAAUGGCUUAUCUCUCGCAUACAUUAACCUGUGAUCUUGCAAUGAUAAUCACUGGACAAACGUAUUCUCGAAAUUUUAUUACACUGCAUUAAUUAUUUUUGGAUGCUGCGAUUUUUUUCCGUCAAGUGUAUAUGUCUCGAGAAUCGGGUCAGAACUUCACAUGCUGACCGAUGUUUGCAGGCUGUCCGCCAGCGAGCAGAUUGAGCAGUCGAUAUGACGACGCCGAGGGAGCGCAUUGGGAUCCAGCUGGCGCCGCUGACCCAGCAGCAGCAGCAGCUGGCGCGCGAGGAGCUGCGGGAGACGCCGGAGAACGUAGCAGAGGCCGUGGUGGCGCUGAGGGAGCUGCUCAGGGCUGACCCGACGCUGCACUACAGAGAUGACGACGACUUCCUCAUCCGCUUCCUGCGGCCAACCAAGUACUACCCCAAGAGCGCCCACGAGCUGAUGAAGCGGGCGGCGGUGUUCAAAGACAAGCACAGCGACCUGCUGCGAAACCUGCUGCCCACGGACGAGGAGGACGCUUUCGUGAACCACACGGUCGUCAACGUGCUGGCCGACCGCGACCACAAGGACCGCCGCGUGCUGAUCGUCAACUGCGGAGGUUCGUGGGACCCAAGCAAAGUGACGGCGAACCAGAUGUUCAAACUGUUCUACCUCAUCCACGAGGGCGCCAUGCUGGAGCCGCAGACGCAAGUGGCAGGCGUGGUCGUCAUAAUGGACUUCAAGAACAUGUCACUCAAACAGGUCCGCGGUCUCUCGCCGUCCUUCUCCAUGCUCCUGCUCUCGUUUAUACAGGAUGCCAUGCCGCUGAGACUGAAGGAGGUGCAUAUCGUAAAACAGCCGUACAUUUUCAACAUGGUGUUCACCAUGUUCAAGCCGUUCAUCAGGGAAAAACUGAGGAACAGGAUGUUUUUCCACGGUGACAAAAUGGAAUCACUGCACAAGCACCUCGAUCCCAGCCACCUUCCUGAGGACUAUGGCGGCAAGCUGCCGAAAAUUGACUACACAAGCAAAGACUGGUACCCAGUAAUUUGUGAUAUUACGGAUGAAAUUAAAGAGUGGAACUCGUACGGCCUGGUGCAGCAGAGCAAGUGACGAGUGACUUGCGACAUCCGCCGCAGUAUCGGCCCCUGCGCAGGAAUUUCUCAUUUUGUGUUCAACAAAUUUAUACAUUCCUUUUAAUGUGAUGUUCCUUAUAUUACUACAUUAAAUGUAUAAGUACUUUUGUA